AAGUUUUGAUCUUUAUGCACUUUUGAUUAGAAAUGUUCCAAUUUUAUGCUUAUUGUACCUUCAAUCCUUUGAUCGUUGAUGAUUAUAUUUUGUAAUUAUAUUUUCGUUUGGGUACUGUUGCUGAUCUGAUGAAUAUUAUUUCCUCUUAUCUCGAGGUCGGCUUAGGUUUUCUCUAUUAUGUUCCUGAAUAAUUAAAGGACGUAUACUCGAUUUGGGGUUACCUAAAGUUGGAAGCUGUGGCCUUUUCGUUUCGUUUUUGUGAUCUUUUUUUGUUUUUUUUAGUUAAAUGAUGACUUAAAUAAACAGUAUCAUGUUUUGUUAUAUAAGUUCAUUAGUUUUUUGUGCUGAAUGAUUUUGUAUACUACAUUUCAUGCUUCUUUUCUUUGUUUUUGGGGGUAAUAUCAGAAUAUUUGAAUUUUAGUCUUUCGUUAGCUUUAAUAACUGGCAUAAUGACUCAUAAGCUUGAACUCUCUUAUAAUGCUAUAAGCGCCAUUCUAUCUGGAAUAGCUCCAACCAUUCUUUUAAUGGCUGAGUCUGGAGUUGAAGGUGUAAAUCUUGCACAUUUUCUUUGAGCUGUAAUGUGUAAGAAGGAUCAUCAUUGGAAUUAAGGCUCCAAUUUUAUGGUCCUUAGUGUUUUAAGGGUAGCAAGAUACUUCCAUGAAGUCCUUGAAGUCAGUAUCCAUCCACUUGAUGCAAAAAAGUUCUGCUCGAAAGAAGUCUUGCAAGUGAGCCCAAGUAUUGGUUUCUUGGUACCCAUUUAUACGUACAGCAUGUCUACUUCGCAAUCACUUAUUUGUGUUCAAGGAUUUCAUUCUGGCACCAGCUUGUCUUCUAUAAAUUCUAAUGGAAAACCUGAAAGUAAGGAAUCCAUGUCUUCUUGUGAGGACCGUACAUGCUCUCUAAGUGUUCAGUCCACUCCAGACAUUGAAAAGAAGUAUGUGCAUCGUGUUUAUGAUGCUAUUGCUCCCCAUUUCAGUGCUACCCGAUUUGCAAAGUGGCCGAAAGUUGCUGAGUUUUUGAAUUCCUUGAGGCCAGGGUCAAUCAUUCUGGAUGCAGGUUGUGGGAAUGGAAAGUACCUGGGCUUUAACCCUAAUUGUUUUGACAUAGGCUGUGAUAUAAGCCCUCAUUUGAUUGAUAUAUGUGCGAGAAGAGGACAUGAAGUAAUGGUUGCUGAUGCUGUUAACCUUCCUUACAGAGAUAACUUUGGGGAUGCAGCUAUUUCUAUUGCCGUGUUACAUCAUUUGAGCACUGAAAUGAGGAGGAGGAAAGCCAUAGAAGAGCUAAUUCGGGCUGUUGGAAAAGGUGGUCUUGUUUUAAUUACAGUGUGGGCCAGAGAGCAAGAGGACAAGUCAUUGCUUACAAAAUGGACCCCUCUUUGUCACAAGUAUGAUGAAGAGUGGAUAAGUCCAAGCAGUUCUCCGUUGCGAAAUUCUUCAACAAUGAAGCUAGAAAGCAUACCAGAGGCAGAUGAAAAUUGUCAUCGGGGUGCAAAAGAAUCAAAUCAUGUACAUAAUCAAACAACAGAAGAUGAACAAGAAUCAAAGGAUGCCGCGGUGGUUGCUUCUGUUUCUCCAGGCAUCAGUGAAGACUGCCUUUCUACCAGUAUUGACCAAAAUGAAGCUCAGCAAGAAUAUUUUGUUCCUUGGCACUUACCAUAUCAUCGCGCUGAAAUUAGUGGUGCAUCAGCCUCAGCGCUUGCUAGUGGGCUGGCAAAGAAAGAUGAUAAGAAGGGGGCUAUGGUGUAUAAUCGUUAUUAUCAUGUGUUUGUCGAAGGCGAGCUUCAGAGUUUAGUUUCUGGUAUAGAUAAUGCAGUUAUUGUGGACCAGUUUUAUGACAAAUCCAACUGGUGUAUUGUCCUUGAAAAGCUUUGAACUGUUAUUGUGAAAAAAACAAUGUUCGUGCCUCCAAGCUGAACCUGAAGAUGGCUCCCGCAGUUGGCUUCAGAUUGUCAAAUAGUCCUUGAAGCAAAACUUUUAGAAGCAGGCCACCCAAGUGGAUUAAGGGAAUGGUUUAAAUUGGUAUGCAUAUGUGAAAGUGCGCCAAAGAGCUUCCCAUUCUCGGCUCCAUAAGUUGGCUUCCUAUAAGCAUGGUGCUUGUUGAAUGUAUACUGUGUCAGGUCAGACACUGAUAUCAUUUAUCUUCCCUGCUCAACUUGAAGUAUUGGUGUAUCAUUUAUUGCCUUCGCAUCACCAAAGUUUUUGUGUUACAUGUUCUGCAGCUGGGACUGCUGGAGGUCCCGAAAUUCUCUUGCAUGGUGGGUGGACUGGCUGCCUAGAGUGCUUCCUUUGAGAGUUAUAGGCAUCUUAUCUCCGAUGAAGUGUGUGUCUUGGACGUCCGAAUGAAAAAUUGCUCCUUUGAUGCUGUCUGGUACUUUUUUUUAAGAAAAAAAACGCAGGUCAUUCUACGCUUGGUUUAGAUGCUGAUGUAUGUUGUUUUGAUUUUAUUAGAUUUGCCCUGGUAGACAGUUUUGUUCUCUAAUAUUAAUCAUAGACAAAUCUACAGACCAGCAUAAAAUUUUCCUUUUGCAUGGCAAGUGUCUUUAUAGUUUUUUCUGA